AAUUUUGACAUACACUCUGUAAUAUUAUUGGGACUUGGAUGUAAUUUUUCCCUGGCCAUGGCAAAGAUUGUAAUUAAUAAUUACAUACCUAUAUUGACCAAUUUACAGGAUUGUAUUGUAACCCUUAUAAUAAGAUACAAUUACCAAACUCCAGAAAUGUAGACUCUGAAAAUAAAAUUAACCCUUUGAAGACGAACAAACCAAACUGAGGGCGAAGUUUUGAACAUGGGCAGUACUUCGUUCAUUUCUCGGUUAAAUCAUUCCUGUGUACGAAACGCAUAGUUGUAAUUAGUAAACAAUGCCUUACUGUCGGGAUUGUUGUCUUGGCUAAAGGCCUUGACAUAUUUAGACUUGGAGCUGUUGUUACUGAUGGGAGGUUGGAUGGAUGUUUGGGAGUUGAAACUAGAAUGGUUGGGAUCGCUUUGGUUGAAGGCCUGUACACCUUUGGGAAGUAGGAAAUCAUCUUGGGUAAAGGCCUCCAUGAUGGGUGGCUAGACAAGCUUUACCCCUUUUGAAUUAUACCCCUGCGUUAUCCUUACAACUGAGGAAGAGUACGGAAAACUUCAUUCAGGGUGGUUUUAAGCCUAGUCCUUAUUUUUAAAAAAUCACAGGCCAUUACAAUCACAAUGAUCGUAUUUUUGUUCUGUACGGAAAUAAUCGCUGUUUAUUCUGAGAAUGGUAGGAAACCAGUAGAAUUAUGGAUUGUUAAAACGGAUGGUACAUAUAGUUAUCACUAGGCUUUAAAUGAUUAAUAGGUUUAAUAGGUACAUUAAAGUGUAAGAAGACAUUUUGUUGAUAGUGUGACAAGUUCUAUGUACCUCUAACAGCAAAAACGAUCCUGCUGUUACAAUAAGAAAAUGAGCUUUUAAAUACUAUAAUUGCAUAAAAAUGUACACAGAACAAGGAACGAAAUUUCUCUUGUCAUUCCUUAUUCGUUGGUAAGGCAUCAUGUAUUAAUGAGGCCCGUAUGUAAUUGUUCUUUUGUUUAAUAUAAUUAAACUGUAAACCGGUUGAAUGUCUACAGGCUUCCAUUAUACCCUCUAAAGGAAUUAAUAGACUAAUCAUAUGACAGUAAUUACCAUUAAGAACUACAAACACUGAAAAGUACUGUGGUUUAUGACAAAUAAGAGUCAAGCGCAGUAGGCAAUGUUUUUAUAUUCAGUAAUGCAAAUCGUAAGGCCGAGACUCCCUUAAUAGCGUUACCUUGGCAACGGCUACAACAAUUUAAGAUUGAUAUAACACGCACAUGUAGUCUUAUAGGUAUUCCAUUAGGUCGAAAACCGCUUAGCAGCGUCACCAUGGCAAAUGUUAUAAAAAUCUAUUCAUAACAUUUGCACACGGUCGUGACGGACAUUGAAAGCUAUUUAUACACUUAUGCUACAUCCUUGUAAUAUAAUUUGUAUUUUGUUCUUAACUACAAUUUUCAAUUAUCUCCAUUCUUCAGAGAUCGCUAUUUCAGAUGUGAUGGAUAAUACGCGAACAUAAGUUUUUGUGUAUAAAUAUUUUGAACUCUGCUAUUUUAGUAAAAUAAUUAAUUAUAUACGGUACCUAUAAUGGCUACGCUACAUUUUUGCUUUAUAAUUAUCUCUUUUGACUAUAUGAUCCUUUUAUAAGCCUGCUUUAUCAAACCAAACAUGAACGAUUUACAAAGUUGCAUGCUAACACCACUAACGUAAGUUACAUCGCCCAGUACAUUUAUGAAUAUACACAACAGAUUGAAUUAACAUGUUACAAUCGCAAGUUUUAUAGUUCUAUUAAUAGGCUUAUUUUCAAACGAUGCUUCAAUUUGCUCAGCGAAUUAUGUUGUACUUAUUAAACAAGAACACAUCGGGCCGUACCACGUCAAUAUACAUAAUUUUAUGUUAUGUCGUUCAAAUGCUGUUAACUCUUAGGUGAUCUAUUUGCCUAUCUACGAAAUGGAUUGAUGUCUUUUUAUGGGAAUAAUUAUUAUGCUUUUUUACCAACUGGCCUAUCUUAUUGUGCAUGUCCACAUUUGGUAUGUCUAUAUUUUUCCCCUGUCAUUGUGAACUCGAAUAUUGUACCCAUGUUGAUUGCAUGGUCCGUGAAUAGUGUGUGACGCUUUAUUCUUUUCAGGUUUUCAACAACGAAAUUUUCAACGACGAAUUGCUAUUGAAUUGUGGCGAUGGAAAUACAAGGAAGACUAUUACAUUCCGUCUCACAGAUGUUAUUGUUUAUGAAUUUGAGCACGUGAUAGUGACAUGGAACAUGGGUCGGGGUGGCAGACUGCACCAGCGCGCACGACCUCCCGAUUUCCUCUUACACAGCACAACGAUUGCAAUUAAAUUAUAGUGCUUAACAGACACAACUCCUCGUGUGUGUAAACUAAUACGUGUUGUAAAUCAGUGCAGAAAAAAGUGUUUGGUGCUCAGUCUCUUGCUGGUUUAUUCUAAGUGUAUUGUUUAAGUAUUUUGUCAGCGGAAAGUUGCGGAUCGGUGUUAAAACUACAGUAAACACGUUUAAAAGUGUGUAAAUGAAAUAUAUACGAAUUUAUGUCCAGUUUUAAGAACAUCAGUUAACAAAAUGGAUUCAGUGAAAAGCGUACAAGCAGGUUCCACCUCUGCCUCACCGGUGUCACCAACGCUGGGACAACAGAACUACGUCCAGAGCAUCGACUUAAUCAUCAGCGACUACAUGGAGAGACUGGGUACGAGGCUGAACAUCUUGGAGACAGAGCUUAAAUACGCAUGGCGAGCAUUAGAUCUCCUAUCGCAAGAGUAUAUCAAGAUGUGGGAGCGACUAGAGAAGUUGGAGAUACUCCUCUACGAACAGCAGAGUGUCAUUGCCCAGCUUCUCGAAUUCUAUACAGUGAUGGGUACAACAGAUAGUGCGGCUGAGGAGCGCGCAGAUGUUGUCUCAGCAUCUGAAGGAACGCGGACAACAACCGAGACAGCUGAAGAUGACCUGCAACGAACCAUGAAGGAUUUGAUGGAAGACGCAGCCGCAGCAAGCGUGGCUGGACGUGACGUGGUAGGAGAGGUAUCAAGUGCUGAUAUCACUGGAUCAUCGUCGAGUGCCGCUGCAAUAAUUUCUGAACUGCAAAUAGAGAUGGGAAUGAGCGAAAUGAUACGCAUGCCAGACGAAGCCUUCUAUCGCAGUCUCAACAACGCCUAUCGUGAUGAUUUGGGUGGCUCUGAAUCAACUGUGGCACCCACCGUAACAUCAUCACAGCUCGGUAUGAUCUGGGAAGAAGCCGAAGAAGUUGAAGAGAACACAAAUAAGGAAGAGACUAUGGAAGGUCUAGAGAGGGUGGAACAACGCGAUGAAACGCAAGAAGUAUUCAGCGCGCUAGACUAUAAGGACUAUAGAGGUAAUUCUCCAUGUGUUAAUGAACAAGAUCUCGCUCAACUAACGAGAUUGAGUGUAAUAGAUCAGGUGGCGCUAGAGAAACUUCAGGAACUCGAUAGACUGACAACAAAGCUUCAGAAAGACUCCCAGAAUCUCAAAGAACUACAAGACCGCCUACUAGAAUCUCCGCAAAAUAUGUACCGGAACGAAGCUAGAGAAAGCGAAUCUACUACUACGAAAGCACUCGCAGAUGAAACUAGUGUCAUAGAUGAGCAGCUACGUCAGAUAUACGCAGAAUCUGACUUGGAAAAUUGGAGUCUUUCUAGUUCUGCACGCGGUCUGUCUGAGUUGAUAUUACUGGCAGGUACAACGACAUUACCAAGCGGCCUCAGUAGCAGUAGCAAGUCCCGACCUAGUUCUCGACUAUCUACAGACAGCGGAGGUGCCACCACAGACUCUGAGGUAGCUUCAGCUUUAUCCGGGUUUAGGUCGUCCUUAUCACCAACUACAUCACCAAGACAUCGUGUUCUUCUUGAGUCGUCUAAUUGUAUGGAUAAUUCCGGAAUUUUAUCAUCACAAACGUCUGGUAGACUUAAUUAUAAUUCCUCAGCCUUAUUGCAAGCCGAUAUAACACCUUCAUCGUGCAGCUUGGCAUCUCCCAAAACUCUUACUGGCCGUUACGAUUUCAACCCUUACGCUUCUGAAUACACUGGUGAACAGGAAUUGCAGAAUAUAGUGGCCGCUUCGUACGCGUCAGUUCCUCAUGCAUCAACCGCCACAUUUGUAGGUGCGACUUCUGAAAAUUUAAAUUCACCACCAACAAUAUCGGGAUCAAGCAUACGUACGAGACAAGACGGUUAUAUAGGUGGAAGAUUAGACCUAGAUUUAUCAGAAACUCGAUCCACACUUUCUCCUUCCCCAACGAGCCCGCCGCCACCAGCUCCUCGGGACAAUGGAGAAGCCUUCUUAAUGCCCACCGCCGACGCUGUUGUCGGUGCCAAUAUCGCCAAAAGUCCUUCAGCCCUACUGGGUACCUCAGCAACUAGUAUUACGUCAAUUACUUCUCCGUCGACUGAACAGCAAGGACGCUUGAGUCCUCGCACCCCACACUCUCCCAAAUCACCAAGACUGUCUCCGAAGAAUAUAAAUAAGUCUACGUCCAUUAUUAUUGGAACUGCUAAAUCCGAUUCUGGUCUUUCUUCCAUGAGCGGUUGGUCCAGCGUAGAGAAAUCGCCAGUGUCUCCGAAGAGUGUUAUAAGCAGUGCCAACAAGACACCGACAUCCUUAUACACAUCAGAUUCCGUCGUUGGACGUGGACAUCAGCAGCUACUUGCAGCAUCGCCGAUGGUUCCACAAAUGCACUUAUCUUCUUCUUCCAUAUCGCCACAAGAGAUUCUCACUUACAACUCUGUUGCUGCGUCCGAUUCCUACCCAUACAUCGCUCCCCAUUCUCUGCCUUCUCUUUCGCCAGCCCUAGUAAACUCUCAUAUAACAGAUGGACAAUAUCAGUCUGCAUUCACAAGUGUCAAGUCGCCAACGAGUAUGGGAAGCAGUACACCUUCCAUAGCAGGUGACAGCUCAACAGGGAAUCUCAUACCAUCGCCUGUACCAAGCUCUGAACUCAGUGCCAGCCCAAGAGGACGACCUCAUCGUGUUCCGAAGUCCCCCAGUACCAACACAGUUAACGCCGUUGAAAUUACGUGUUCAGUAACUUACGGCGAUUUCCUCUAUCGUAGUGAACAACCAGCGAUAUACUCAGUUGCCGGGAGUAACAGGCAACAAUCUUUCACUUCGGUUUACACAAGUGGUAUGGCAAGUUACGUGCCCAAAUCGUCUGGAUCCGGUUACCCAGAUUUGGUAGAGCCAUGUAGCAACAACGAACAGCACCAAGCACAAACUUACCGCUACCAAACUGAGCCCGAACGCAUCACUUCCCGAAGCCAUUCUGUUAGUGGCUACCCCGCAACUAGUGCCUCAGCUCAUUCAAAUAGGAAGAACCUAUCUAGAGGGCAUUCUACUGGCUCUGCUCCUCCCAGUGGCAGUGGAGUUGCAAACUUAGAGGGCUAUAAAACCGCCAUGUAUCGCACCAUGUUCCCUACCGGAAAUAUUACGGACGCUCUCUCUUAUUACCCUACAAGCACGCGCUACGACACGACACCGUCCGGAAACCAACCACGAACCGAUUACAAUCACGGUUCUGCGUGGUUAAAUAGCUCUCAGGCCCAAAUUGAUACUGCAGUUGCGAACCAAAUGAUAUACGAUCACACAUCUGCUCCAGUCAGCGCUUCUGCUUCUACUGGGGAAUUCGGGUACAUUGCAUCUCACUACACGGAUCCAAGGCGUUAUGCACAGCAUCCAUCGCAACAGCAUUACGUUCCGCAAAGUGGGAUGGAAAGAGGUGGCGAACAGGACGAACGUUAUCCUCGAGAAUACUCCUGGAGCCAGCGUCCUGAUAUACAAUACUUGGAACUCGAUCUGAGGAAACGUAAUACUCCAGAUCACCAUCAGCCACAAUUACACGACGGGCAAUACUAUGAUCCUAGUGGUGUCAUAGUGUCCCAGUCGGGGUACAUAUCUAUUUCUGCUGAUAUAAAAGACAGUAAUUAUCCUCAGGACGAAAAGGUGAGCAAAAGGGGUAAAUUAAAAUCAGCAAUGAGCUCUGUGAGCAGUUGGUUACCUGGACUGCACCUUAGCAAACGACAUCGCUCCCAUUCUUUGCCAGCCGGGGUUCGACGUGAGGACUUGGCGCUCUCCAAGGAGCACGGGAGAGGAUACGUUACGCCUCGAGGUAAAUGUCAGCCGCAUUCUACCACCACAUUGCCUCGCAAGAAAAAGAAAAAUCCACUCGCAUCUACAGUGUCUGGAAUCCUUCAGAAGGCAAAACGUCGCAGCCAUCACUCUCAAUCACUGUCGGAUCCGGAACAGUCAGAGACCGAAUGGAGCGGCCGACAGAGCGGGUUUUCUGAAGACAGCGAAGAUAGCGUAUUCUCUGAUGUUCCAACUGACACCAGUGUAUUCGCUAAAGUUACUCACGGCAUGCCGAGGCAACACGGUUCGCAGCAGCAACAGGCUCAAGCAAGUGCAAAAUUGGGACCUAGAAGAGACUCGGAUCUGGAUCAAGUCAAUGACCUUCCACAUGACACAGAGCCUGCACAACCAAACCUUCUGGAAGCGGACCCUUCUUCUCUCUUCCCUACAGUGGGUGAAGUUAAGAGAGCAGCAAGCCAAGCAGUUACAACAGUCAGUGAAGAAACGGCAAGUGAAAAACUUCAGUUUCCACCAGUUACGCUUGGUGGAGCAUCUAGAGAAUUUGCCGUGUCCCGAGCUUUAGGCAAAUACCGUCAACGUCAAUCUUCCACCGUAUCUGCGGAUGAACAGACGGGCCAAGAAGAUAUUUCUGCCACUAAAACUAAUGAUCAAAUUCCUCUUAUAGCUACAGCAGAAGAAGAGAUACAAGAGGACAUUUACGAUGAACCUUGUAUAGAGACAAUCAUUGAUGAAGCGGAAAAUAUUAGUGCACCACACCAACACUCUCGAGCGGAAGAACCUCCAAACAUUAAUACAAGUCCGUCUGUUUCAAGUAUGCGCAGCUAUGCCAGUGGGAGGCAUCACGUAGCCCGCCAUCAGCAGAGUCUCGAAAUUCCUUGGAGCGGACCUAGAGGCGAGGGUGACGAGGACAGCCGAAGUAUACACUCGUGGAGAAGCACAUCCCGAGUGUCUUCCAGAAGACAGAGCACUGAAGACAGCAUAGACAGUGAAGACGAAUGGUACUGCUAUGAGCUACGUAAGUUGGAAGAACUGGAAAGACAACAAGACACGGAACCCAUACAAGGAGACAAAACUGAAAGUUUCGAACCGGAUGAAGAAGUGAAGGAGCAGAUGUCGUUUGUCCUUCAGGAGCUGAAGCUGAAAGCCAAAAAACUUGAAGGGGUGCUCGAUGAAGAAGAUUAUAACCUUCAGGUGCGAACAAGAUCGACGGGAUCUGUAAUGCGGUGGGAAGAUAUUCAGGACGGCAGAGGCGAUGACCAUGCCGAGCCCCACUCUGUCUUCAACGACGAAGCAUCGCAUUUACCGGGGACUGAAGAACCAAAGAAGAAAAGUGCUAUGAGGAUCAGAGACGAUGAUGAGUCCUCAUCAGGAGAGACGAGUGGUCCCGACAGUCCGCAUCAGAGUAUGGACGAAAUGGAAGUUGACGAGGAAGAGGAAGCUGCAAUGGAAGCGGAAUUGACGAGGUCGGUAAGGAGUUCCAGUGCCUCCACUCUUCGUCAUGGAGAGAAGCCUCUUCAAGGCUCAGACUCGCUAAGCAGGGAGGGAUCAGUAAGUGUUCCUCCAAGUGAGAUGUCGAUAAGUAUCCCAGUUAGCGACGGCUGGGAUUCCGAGGAAACGGCGACCGUACGAGAAGGUUCCAUAAGUGUUCCAGCCAGUGACGUGUGGGAAGGAGACGCAGACGGUGAAUGUGAGGCUGGAAGCUACCUCCGAGAAGGUGGCGAGAGCUCUACACCGUCCAUACCAAGGUUUAAAAUCGACAUUGGCAAGGAAGAUGCCGCGUGCAAAGAUAGUGGACCGGCGGGUAGCAAGUGGAAGUUGCUCAAAGCUUUGAAAGACAGGAAAGAUGAAGAAAAGAUCCAGGAAGCUGCGACGGCAACCGCAGCAGCGGAAGCAAGAGCAAACAUGACAACGAAUGGCGGAGGUACAGGAGGCGAAAGUGGAGGGCGUGGGAAUGGGCAUGCUGGAGACAAUCCCUCCUUCUACAGCAACAUCGACAGCAUGCCGGACAUUCGACCCAGGAGGAAGUCUAUACCGCUCGUCUCCGAACUGGUGCUCAAGACGAUGGCGGCUACGAAACGCAAUGCAGGUCUCACGUCCGCUGUACCAAGGGCGACACUCAACGACGAGGAAUUGAAAAUGCACGUGUACAAGAAAACACUGCAGGCCCUCAUCUACCCCAUCUCGAGUACAACGCCGCACAACUUCCUGCUGUGGACCGCUACGUCGCCCACGUACUGUUACGAGUGCGAGGGGCUGCUGUGGGGAAUCGCGCGUCAGGGAGUCCGCUGCUCGGAGUGCGGCGUCAAGUGUCACGAGAAAUGCAAGGACCUCUUGAACGCGGACUGCUUGCAGAGGGCGGCUGAGAAGAGCUCUAAGCACGGGGCUGAAGACAAGGCGAACAGCAUCAUCACAGCCAUGAAGGAGCGCAUGAAGAAGAGAGAGCGAGAGAAGCCGGAGAUCUUCGAGGAAAUCAGGGCCGUAUUCGGAGUUGAAGAAAAAAGUCACAUUGGACACAUGAAAGCCGUGAAACAGUCCGUAUUAGACGGGACGAGCAAGUGGUCGGCCAAAAUAGCCAUCACAGUUAUCUGCGCUCAGGGUCUCAUAGCAAAGGACAAGAGUGGCACAUCUGAUCCAUACGUAACGGUUCAGGUGGGUAAAGUAAAGAAGAGGACGCGGACCAUGCCGGCGGAACUCAACCCUGUCUGGAACGAGAAGUUUUACUUCGAGUGUCAUAACUCCUCAGACCGGAUCAAGGUGAGAGUAUGGGACGAAGACAAUGACCUAAAGUCCAAACUCAGGCAGAAGUUGACUCGGGAAUCAGACGACUUCCUCGGACAGACCAUAAUUGAGGUCCGGACAUUGUCUGGUGAGAUGGAUGUGUGGUAUAACUUAGAGAAGCGAACCGACAAGUCUGCAGUGUCUGGAGCUAUCCGCCUUCAUAUAAGUGUUGAGAUAAAGGGUGAGGAAAAGGUUGCACCGUAUCAUGUACAGUACACAUGUCUGCAUGAAAAUCUGUUCCAUUCGCUGUGCGAGAAGUAUGGUGGCAUUGUGAAGCUGCCACAGGCUAAAGGUGAUGAUGCCUGGAAGGUUUACUUUGAUGGUGUAGCUGAGGAGAUAGUUGAUGAGUUUGCUAUGAGAUACGGCAUUGAAUCUAUCUACCAGGCCAUGACGCACUUCCACUGUUUGUCAACAAAGUACCUAUGUCCGUCUGUGCCAGCGGUGAUGAGCACUCUUCUUGCCAACAUUAAUGCUUAUUACGCACACACCACAGCAUCAUCUGCUGUAUCAGCCAGUGAUCGUUUUGCAGCUUCAAACUUUGGAAAAGAAAAGUUUGUUAAGCUGUUAGAUCAGCUGCACAACUCUCUGCGUAUCGACCUGUCAAUGUAUCGCAACAACUUCCCUGCGUCGAGCGAGGAGAAGCUUAUGGAUCUCAAGUCUACAGUGGAUUUGCUUACUAGCAUUACCUUCUUUCGGAUGAAGGUGCAGGAGCUGUCGAGUCCCCCCAGGGCCAGCACAGUGGUUAAAGACUGCGUUAAAGCAUGCCUUCGAUCCACAUACCAGUUCCUGUUUGAGAACUGUUAUGAGCUCUACAACAGGGAAUUUCAGGUGGAUCCAAAUGAAGCAAAGAGGGACCAAGAGGACCAUGGGCCUCGGCUAGAUAGUCUUGAUUUUUGGCACAAACUGAUAGCACUCAUUGUAUCGGUCAUUGAAGAAGACCGCAAUAGUUAUGCACCUGUCCUCAACCAGUUUCCCCAGGAGCUCAACAUUGGGCAGUUAUCAGCAGCCACAAUGUGGAGUCUAUUUGCAGUGGAUGUGAAGUAUGCACUGGAGGAGCAUGAGCAACACCGUCUGUGCAAAUCCUCGGCCUACAUGAAUCUUCACUUCAAGGUCAAAUGGCUGCACACAAAUUAUGUCAAGGAUGUGCCUCCCUACAAAGGAUCUGUACCUGAAUACCCAGCGUUUUUUGAGCCAUUUGUUAUGCAGUGGCUCAAUGAAAAUGAUGAUGUCUCUCUGGAAUAUUUGCAUGGAGCCUUCAAUAGAGACAAAAAGGAUGGGUUCCAACGCAGCAGUGAACACGCAUUAUUUUCCAAUUCUGUUGUAGAUGUAUUUACACAACUAACACAGUGCUUUGAUGUUGUUUCAAAACUUGAAUGUCCUGAUCCUGAGAUCUGGAAGCGGUAUAUGAAACGUUUUGCUAAAACAAUAGUCAAGGUUUUGGUUGCCUAUGCAGAUAUUGUCAAGAAGGAGUUCCCAAGUCAUCUUAAAGAAGAAAGAAUUGCAUGUAUCUUGAUGAACAAUGUACAGCAGCUUCGAGUGCAGUUAGAGAAAAUGUUUGAGUCUAUGGGAGGUGAGAAGUUGGAAGAGGAUGCUGCAAACAUCUUGAAGGAAUUGCAACAAAACCUCAACACUGCGCUUGAUGACCUAGCCAUGCAGUUUGCAACAAGCUUGGAACCACGCAUCACGGAGAGUGUGCGCCAGUUGGCUGAUCUGCUGCUAUCCAUAAAAGGCGGAGGCCAGGUGACUCUGAACCAACCCUCACAACGCAAUGCUGUGGCAGCAGAGGCAGAUGAGGUGUUACGACCACUCAUGGAUCUCUUGGAUGGUUCCCUUUCAUUAUAUGCUCAGUCAUGUGAGAAGACGGUGCUCAAGAGGUUGCUCAAAGAACUUUGGAAGAUUGUAAUGAGGAUUCUGGAGAAGACAGUAGUUCUUCCACCAAUGACAGACAAGAGUAUGAUCCUGAAAAAUCUUACAGACAAUGCUAAGAACUUGGCAGCCAAUGCCAAAAUCGAGGACAUGUCACGCUUGUUCAAGAACCACAUGGCCGGCAAGCAAGACAUCAGGAAUCCUCUUAGUGGAGUAAUGGACAUAUCAAAGGAGGUGGAGAAAAACCUGUCCCCUAAACAGUGCGCUGUUUUGGAUGUGGCACUGGACACCAUCAAGCAGUAUUUUCAUGCUGGAGGCAAUGGGUUGAAGAAGACCUUCCUGGAGAAGAGUGCAGAGCUGCAGUCAUUGCGCUAUGCUCUUUCACUGUAUACUCAGACCACGGACACACUCAUCAAAACAUUUGUCACGUCACAAACAAAUGAAGUUCCACUUAACGACAAAUCGAACCUUAGGCAACUUUCCAUCUCCAUUGAGCGUGAAGAGGAGGAAGGAAUGGAAGGGCUCGAGGAGCCCCUGAAAGCCAAGAAACGCCGAGAAUCCCGGCAAGAUAUUGUAAGUCCAGAUGAGGGAAGUGUAGGGGAAGUGUCCAUUCAGGUGGAUCUAUUCACACACCCUGGAACAGGAGAACACAAAGUUACUGUCAAAGUGGUGGCAGCAAAUGAUUUGAAGUGGCCAACAGUGACGGGCAUGUUCCGUCCGUUUGUAGAAGUAAACCUCAUUGGUCCACAUCUUGCAGAUAAGAAGCGAAAGCAUGCCACUAAGUCAAAGUCCAAUAACUGGUCACCUAAAUACAAUGAGACCUUCCAUUUCAUAAUUGGCAAUGAAGAACAACUGGACUACUUUGAGCUCCAUAUUUGUAUCAAGGAUUAUUGCUUUGCCAGAGAUGAUCGCCUAGUGGGAGUGGCGGUAAUGCAACUGAAGGACAUUGUAGAUCAAGGUUCAUGUGCAUGUUGGCUGUCUCUUGGCAAACGCAUCCAGAUGGAUGAAACAGGUUGGACCAUCCUUAGGAUAUUGUCACAGCGAACUAAUGAUGAAGUUGCCAAGGAAUUUGUGAAGCUCAAGUCAGAUAUCCGCACAGAAAAUCCUCUUCCUAACCCAACCUGAGAUACUUAAAAUGUGCAAGAUAUAUAUCCCAUUGCUGUCACAUACUACUUGAUGGAUCAGAAGAGAGGAUCAAAGGAGCUCAAAGCUACAGCAGUAUGUUGUAGGUCCAAAGUAAACAAACGAGCUUGCUCUUUCAUAAAACAAGCCUUGAUACAUUUCAGAGAGAGAGAGCGAGCGAGCCUGCCUGCAGCUACACGUAAACUGAAUAGACACAUGAUUCAAUAAAAGGAAACCACAUGUAUUUAUUCUUAAAUAACUUACAUAAAAAGCAGUGGUAUGCUUUUUGUGUGUAUGUGUGUGU